AAUAUGCUUUUAUUUGACGAUUUAAUGGAUUUAACUCGUGGAAAACUUAGAAUGGACUUUUAUCAAGAGCUUCAUACUUGGCAAAGACUGAAAAUUGCUGGAAUUCCUCUGAGUAGAAACUACAAACACAUUUCUGAGUGCUGUUAAGGAGGAAAUAAUCCCACAUGUGGUUUUUGGAUCAUGGCUGCGGAGUGUAUGGUGAAGGUUGUGGUUCUGUUUUGUCUCGUGAUGUUGGGAUCUUGUUUCUCAGGGAUUUUUGACACUUUGGAUAAAUAUACCUCCAGCGAGAGCAACGAUCGGUCCAGAUUCCCUUUAGACAAUUCCACCAUCCAGCCAGGACUUCACAUGGCAUCAGACAUUCAUCCAAACCUCUACUUUGACCUCACAGAACUCCGAUCGCUGAAGAAGAAAGCUGCCAGUACACAUGGUCACAUUUUCAAAGUGAUCCAGAACGCCGUGAGCGUCAUGCUGGACAGCCCAGCGAUCUACCUGCCACCGUUAAACCACGAGGAAUUCGGAAAGAAGUGGAAUGAGAUUUAUGGCAACAACCUUCCGCCUCUUGCACUUUACUGUCUUCUCCAGCCUGAGGACACUGCAGCUGUUAAGUUUCUGAUUAAAUACAUGGAUAGGAUGGUGGAAUAUCCAGACUGGGCAGUGACCAGUGCGCCAAAUGAUGAAGUUCCAGUCGCCCACUCGCUCACAGGCUUUGCUACAGCGUACGACUUCAUUUACAUGUAUCUGGAUGCCCCGAAAAAGGUUCGGUACCUUAAAAAGAUACGUUCUGUCACUGAGGAACUUUUCAGACUCUCAAAGCAUAGAGGUUGGGGCAGACAAUUUCUACAAAACCACCAGACUACAAACAUACUUGCCAUUCUUAUUGGUGCUAUUGUGACGGGUUUGCAUAACGACCGUGAGACCAUGAUGUGGAAGCAAGUUGCUGUGAACUACAUGGAAAAGACCAUGUUCCUGUUAAACCAUAUUGUCGACGGUUCCUUGGAUGAAGGUGUAGCGUACGGCAGCUACACAGCCAAAUCCAUCACUCAGUAUGUUUUCUUAGCAUUACGCCAUUUUGACAUUGACAACACGAGGAACAACUGGCUCAGAGCGCACUUUAUGUUUUACUAUGCCACCGUUCUGCCUGGUUUUCAAAGAUCAGUGGGCAUCGCUGAUUCGAACUACAACUGGUUCUAUGGGCCUGAGAGUCAGCUGGUUUUCCUGGAUGCUUUUGUGCUCAGAAGUGGCUCUGGAAACUGGCUUGCCCAACAGAUCAGGAAGCACAGGCCCAAAGAUGGACCCAUGAUGCCGUCGGUAGCCCAACGCUGGGCCACUUUGCAUACAGAGUUUAUUUGGUUUGAUGCAGAACUUCCUGCCCAGCCUCCUGCUGGUUUUGGGAAAGAAAGCAUGCAUGCUUUUUUAAACUGGGGGGUGGUUACAUAUGGGGCAGGGUUGCCUUCAGGCCAGGGCAACACCUUUGUAUCUUUUAAAUCUGGGAAGUUAGGUGGUCGCGCAGUAUAUGACAUUGUUCAUGCUAAGCCUUAUUCCUGGAUUGAUAGCUGGAUUAAUUUCAACCCAGGUCAUGAACACCCUGAUCAGAACUCUUUUACCUUUGCCCCGAAUGGGCAGGUUUUUGUCUCUGAAGCUUUGUAUGGCCCAAAAUACAGCUACCUCAACAAUGUACUGGUAUUUGCACCUUCCCCGACAAGCCAGUGCAAUGAACCAUGGGAAGGACAGCUGGGAGAGUGUUCGAAGUGGUUACGAUGGGGAGAAAAGGAGGUAGGAGACAGCGCUGGUGAAGUUAUUGCAGCAGCUUCACACGAGGACACCUUAUUUGUUAGCGGAGAGGCUGCGUCAGCCUAUUCCUCUGCCAUGAAGCUGAAAAGUGUGUAUCGGGCCCUGGUUCUGCUUAACUCUCAGACUUUGUUGGUCUUAGAUCACGUAGAAAAAGAAGAGGCGUCUCCGCUGACCUCAUUUAGUGCCUUUUUUCACAAUCUGGACAUUGACUUGAGAUAUGUCCCUCACAGGUCUUUAGGCAGGUACAGUGGAGCGAUGAUGGAUGUCUGGGAUGCCCAUUACGAAAUGUUCUGGCUGGACAGUCAGGGCAACAGUCCAGUUGGCAGGAUACAGGAAGUAGAGCAGGUCGCGGAGUUCAAAAAGAGAUGGACACAAUUUAUUAACGUGACUUUUUCUAUGGAGGGUUUGGUCACUCGUGUAGCAUAUUUAAUGCACGGCCCAUUUGUCAAGGUCUCAGAUUGCAGAUUCAUUGACAAAAGCAAAAAUGGGGUUAAACUGGCUAUUACUCUGAAUGACACGGAGACUGUAGUGUCUAUUGCAACCAACUACAACGAUAUAGGUGCCAGGCGUAGCUAUUUAGGCUUUGCAGGAUUUGCGAAAGCUGAGAGCGCAAACAGGAUCAUUAAUUUUGGUCAAGGAAGUCAAGCUUACAACAGCCAAAUCCAAAAAUAUUCCACGUUUAGCGUUGGUUUUGUCAUCAAUAUCACAACCGUGUGGAUUCUGUGUUUCGCCAUCGCGUUUUUGACCAUCAAAAGAAAGUUUACAGUGUCAUCUCGUAAACUUAUGCGCUGCUCUGUUGUUUCGGUCUUAAUCUUCUGGGUGCUUGAACUUUUAGUUUUGUCGUAUCGCUGUCAGGAUGUCUUCUGUGGCAUCAUGUCGAGAAAUCCCCAACGUUCAGCGGAGAAAACCAACCUCCCUCCUGAUCAAACCUCAGAUCCCCUGCCAUUCAUAAUCAUCACCUCACUUCCGGGCUCUGGCGCUGAGAUUCUACAACCCCUAUUUGAUAACAGCUCAGACUUUGUGUACCUUAGCGUGCCCUCGACGUACCUCCGCAUCCCAGAGACAAAUUUUGCUCCUGAUUCUUUUACAGACGCUUGCGAGUGGUCCAGGGUAGAUGCACAGAGCGGGAAAUUUCAAACCAUUCAAGGAUGGUUCCAUUCCAUGGUGCAUAACAUCAGACUACACCUGCAAAACAUUCAGCUCUACAAGAGCAGCAGCUAUACGGGGGCAAAAUUAGCUCAGCGAGCAAAGAAGGGGCGGAGGAAACUCCUGAUGGAGCAGAGGACCACAAGCAAGGAGGUGGAAUAUAUAAAGGACUUGAGGCAGCACUUAGUCACAUAUCCAAAUGCUUGUCCUGUCCUGAACCUGCGCAGCGGUAGCUGGUCCUUAAAAUUACCUUUCAUCCACGAGGUCAUAGGGCACUCGCUCCGCUCACUCCAAGUGGUGCGAGACCCACGAGCGUGGAUCUAUCUUAUGCUUUACAACACCAAACCAAGCCUUUACGCCAGCAAAAACAUUAAGAAACGCUUACUCAACAUAAUAAAACAGGGCAGUGAUCAGGCAGCUCAGGGGUGCACCAGGUUUGACGCUGCGUUUCAGCCUCUGGGAAGCGUUCUCGCUCAGCCUGACGCUAGCCCGGUCCUGCUGCUCGCUCACCUCUGGCUGGCUCACACAUCGGCCAGCCUUAAAGCGAGCUCAGACCUGCCCUCGCACGCCUACCUCAGGGUGAAAUUCGAAGAUAUCGUGAAUUCUCCUGAGAGUACAGCGGAGAGCAUACACAAGUUCCUUGGGGUGCCUGUCACACCCGCCGCUCUAAACCAGCUCGCAUUUGCUACGUCCACAAAUCUGUAUCAUUUAGUUUAUGAAGGGGAGAUAUCUCCUGCCAAAAUUGACGUGUGGAAGGAAAAGCUGGCUUCUGAUGAGGUUACACUGAUAGAGAAAGUCUGUGCGACUGUCAUGGAUAAUCUAGGCUAUGAAAGGCAUGCACCCUUCAUAUAAACAAUAUUGAAUGUUGGGAUUUGUGUAAAAUAUGUUUUGUAUGAAAUUAUCUUUUGAUAUUAAAGAAGUUUAUCAGUA